UUCUUAUCUUCGUCCGAUCUGUCUGUAUACGCCAUGGCGACCGAGGGCUGCCGCUCCUCGGAUUGUGAUCGGCCGCUGAGGGAACUCCAUGGCUGCUCAGGGAAAAAACGACGAAUCAAUUCAGAUGCAAACCUUCUGAUCAGUAAGCUAGGGGACGAUCUUCUUGUAGAGAUUAUGAUUCGCCUUCCCAAUCCUAGAUUCGCCUGCCGCUGCAAACUCGUCUGUCAGCGGUGGAGGUCCGUCAUCUCCCGCACCCGCUUCAAUCGCCGUUUUGUUUCUCACCGCCUGACCAUGAAUCCGAACGAUCUCAAAUUGAUGGUUCUUAGUUUUCUCCCUCCCAUGCCUAAUGGAGUUGAAGACCGAGACGCUCUUAAAGUUUUGGAUUGCAAAAAUGACUUAGUUUUAUGCGGGUUUUGGGAUACACAUAGCGACGACAAGAUGCAUAGCAGGUCGUACUUGGUCUGCAACCUGUUCACGAAGCAGUGGAAUGCUAUUCCUUUAGCGCCCAAGAAGUCAGUGAUUUACGGAGCUCCCGUUGCAAGGGGUUUAAUCCUUUCCGCUUCGAUUUGCCACCCACUUCCAUUGAUGUUUCUGCAUUCCUUGCAAAACCGCGGUGGUCUAUUGCCGUCUGUCAAGAUGCCUUGCACGUAAUUGUGCUAGAAAAUGAAGUUCCUCCUUUUCGUUCAAGCGUCUGGAGGUUGGAAGAAGAUCAUAAAUCUUGGAGAAAACAAUGUGAGGGGCUGGUGAACAAGACAUCAAAGUGUGGUAACUAUGAAGCCGGGGGCUUUUAUCAACCUUUUCUGCAUCCACAGAAGCCAGAAAUUGUCUUCUUCAAUCAGUUUGACAUUGGUAACGAUAAUAAUGUUAUUUUGUGCUGUGAUUUGAGAAGGGGAGAGUUAGAGUUCUUCACUAAACUAGAAGAGAUACUUGAAGCCUCUCACUUUUUGGUGUUCCAUCCGAGGGUUUCUCGCUGGUUUACUCAAAUUCCAGAGUUUGAGAAGUUGCGAGGCAUGCACAAGAGUGGUGAUCCACGAACUCCCUCCCUCAAUAACGAGCAGUUCAGCAUUCGGCUUGGUGUUCCAGCCAAGGUACGAAGAGCUGCAAGGUCUACGCGACGGAAGCUACAAGUUUUGGUUUCAAAACAGCAGUGAAGCAACGGCUCCCUCACUCAACGUGGGUGGAUGAAUGAAGAGCGUGGAUGGAUGUCCUCAAUCCAAGUUUCUGUGACGGCCGGAGGAUGAACAACCAACAGUCGGAUGGACAUGGGAGGAUGGGGGGUCAACAAUCCAAUGAGCUUGAUGGUUUUUAAAGUUCGGUCGAGAGUUAAUUUUAGAAAGUUAAGUUUAAGUUCCAGGGAUUUGUUAAACGCUAUGAGUUUCUGGACAUGAUUUACUUGGAAUGGUGUACCAUUUUUCUUUUCUUUGUUUACAAUAUAAACUUGGUGGCUUAUGUAGUUGAUGAAUCAAUGGGCCUGAAGGCCAAAGAACAGCAGCACCCAACAAUAGAUGAGAAAUAUCAAGUGGUAUCGAAGUAAAAAAAGCUGGAAUUAGGUUGAGAUUGGAACUCAGUUAGGAAACAAACAGCUGCAUUUCUAUUAUCUUUGAGGUAUUGUCAGAUGUAUGACUAUAACUCAAUAUUGCAGCGGGUCAGCCUCUUUGGGAUAGCAUUAGGUUGAUGGUGAAAGGGGCACUAUGAGGGGCUUUCAUGUCUGUCACUAAUGAUUCUUCCCAGCACACACUGUAGUUAUUCUUCUAUAUAGCUAUAGUUAUAAGAAGUAUGAUUUUAAACCACGUUUGCUAUUUGACUACAGCUUCCUUUUGGCAGCUGUUUUGACUAGAUUCAAUCCUAUCAUUUGGAGAUGGUGACUAUUCUCUGCAGUUAAGAUUAAUGGAAGC